AUGGACACAGUAUCCGAUGGCAAACCGCAUAAUCUCAAAAUACUCAUCAAGGGAGAACUGUUCCUGAACAAGGAACCCGCCGCUUGGGAUCCCUACAUGGCCAUUCCGGGGUCGGAGCAUAACAGUAUGCUCACUGAAACCCUUUGUAAUAAUAAUAAAUUGGCCAUUGAGAGGAUCAACGAUGUGUUCAAAGCGUGGCAAUCAUGUCGAGUCAUGCGAACAAAUCACAAGUUCACGGAGUUAGAAAUCACUUUGGAUCGCCGAUUACUGGACCCGUCUCAAUUUGUACACAAAGGGGAAAACCUUCGGAAACAAGUAGAGGACGCUGUCAAACUAUACAGCUCCGACGAGGAGAAUAAGUAUUAUUUUGGAAAGUUGAACUAUGUAAAACGUACGUACGUAUUCGGUUGUCAUGGCAAAUCUCAAAACACUUGGUGCUUUGGAAAUGCAGUAUUCCCAUUUAUUUCACAGUCCUUAAAGCCUAAGCGGUUUAACGUACACAAUUCCUCAAAAAUAAUAAUGUUCGAUAACAUAAUUGUACGUUCGAAACAUGUGUUGAAUUUACACCGAGUUGUGGCGAAAGUUUUACAAAUGGUUUCCAGUACUAAACGUUUUUUCCACAUUAUUUUCCUGUACUACUCAUGA